CUGCGCCUCCUAUCGUACCGUACCCAUUCAUUGCGGCGAUUCGCUUCCUUGCCGUGGUCGCCGUCGUUGACCAGCGGCGUUGCUGAGAGCGGUGCACGCGCGGAGGAGCUCGAGGUGAAGACGAGAAAGAUGGUGUCGUCUCCGGUGGUAAACACUUACCCUCUUUCCAACUACACCUUCGGGGCGAAGGAGCCCAAGAUGGAGAAGGACACGUCCGUGGCCGAUCGUCUCGCCCGCAUGAAACUCAACUAUAUGAAAGAAGGCAUGCGGACAAGUGUUGAAGGGAUAUUGUUGGUGCAGGAGCACAACCACCCACAUAUACUUCUACUGCAAAUAGGAAAUACUUUCUGUAAACUCCCUGGUGGACGUCUGAAACCUGGAGAAAAUGAAAUUGAGGGCCUGAAGCGGAAACUUUCAAGCAAACUUGCUCCAAGUUCAGCUUCUUUCCAGCCUAAUUGGCAGAUCGGGGAGUGUGUUGCGACGUGGUGGAGGCCAAACUUUGAGACAGUAAUGUACCCAUACUGCCCUCCUCACAUUACUAAGCCAAAGGAAUGCAAGAAACUUUUCAUCGUUCACCUCUCAGAAAGAGAGUAUUUUGCUGUUCCCAAAAACUUGAAGUUGCUUGCUGUUCCAUUAUUUGAACUGUAUGACAAUGUUCAGAGGUAUGGACCUGUUAUCUCUACAAUUCCUCAACAGCUCUCAAGGUUCCAGUUCAACAUGGUCACAUCAUGAAACUACUGGAUUUAAGUGGAUCAUAUUGAAGUUGCUUUAAGUAGAAAACCAGUGACCCUGAUUUAACUAGAUGUUGUUUGAUGCAUGAUACUUUUGAGGGUUUAAUUAUGCUUGUAUGGGAAUUUGCACCUCUUCAAUUUUCAUUAAGUUGUAAGUUCUAACAA